GCAGAUCGAGGUGGUGGGCGGGGCGUGUGAUUGUGACUUGUGGUGACCGCAGGCGAUCGUUAUGGAGGAGGAGGACAGGAAUGGCAUUAUCCCCCGAGGCACCUCGGUGUCCCGGCUCUCCGAGGCCCUCUCCCACACUCACCUGGACCUGCUGGAGCAAGAAGCCAUGGCCGGCUGCACCCUGCAGACCUCCGGCGCCGUCACCCCGCGGGCGGCCCAGACCCCCCGAAAGAGGAAGCUGUCCAAGAGCCAGAGCCUGUCCGGAUCCACGGAGAGUCUGAGCGGCCUGGCCAGCGAGGCCAGAGUGCUGGUGGUGAACACCGGGGGGACCAUCGGCAUGAUGUACCAGAAUGAAGUCUUGGCUCCUCAGGCAAAUUCAUUUGUUAAGGCUUUAAGGAAACUUCCAAUUCUUCAUGAUGAGCAAUACGCGCAGCAGACCAAGCUCUUUGAGUUCCACGAGUUCCCGGAAAUCACUUUGGUUCUCCCUAUGUCUAAGCAAAACAAAAGGAUUGUGUACACUAUCUUAGAAUAUUCCCCUCUUCUGGAUUCCUGUAAUAUGACAACUGAUGACUGGGCCAAGAUUGCCAAGGACAUUCAGAGAUAUUAUGUACAAUAUGAUGGUUUUGUCAUCCUUCACGGUACAGACACCAUGGCUUACACUGCGUCUGCACUGUCCUUUAUGUGUGAAAAUUUGGGCAAAACGAUUGUGCUGACCGGAUCUCAGGUUCCCAUAUAUGAGAUGCGGAAUGAUGGUCGUGACAACCUGUUGGGGGCUCUGCUUAUUGCUGGACAGUUUGUUAUUCCAGAGGUGUGUCUGUAUUUUCAUCACAAGCUGUACAGGGGAAACCGGGUGACGAAGGUGGAUGCGGGAAGUUUCAAUGCCUUCUCUUCUCCCAACUUGCCUCCACUUGCAAACGCUGAAGUUGAUAUUACAAUUAACUGGGAGACUGUUUGGCGAGCAAACACCACCAAGAAGUUCCUGGUGCACACAGACAUGAACAGAAAUGUGGGCCUGCUACGAAUAUUCCCUGGAAUUACUGCUGCCACUGUAAAGGCUUUCCUUCAGCCACCAAUGGAAGGCAUUGUGCUGGAGACCUACGGCAGUGGAAAUGCCCCAGACUGCCGAAUUGAUCUGCUUCAAGAGCUACAAGCUGCCACGGAACGUGGACUGAUAAUCAUUAAUUGCACUCAGUGUUUGCGAGGUUCUGUCACAGCGUCGUAUGCAACAGGAAAGGCUCUUUCUGUGGUUGGGGUCAUACCAGGGUGCGAUUUAACUCCAGAGGCAGCGCUAUCAAAGCUUUCGUACGUCUUGGGUAAAACGCACCUCAGCCUGGAGCAGAAGAAACAGAUGCUGUAUGAAAAUCUCCGGGGAGAGAUGACCGUCAGUGCCACCGGUGCUAAAAUCUCUCUAAGAGACAGCAAAUUCAUCCAGGUGGUCGCCAAGUCUGUUGGUGUGAGCUGCAAGGAGGAAUUGGAGGCGGUAAGAGAUGCUUUGACACCAGCUUUGGCCUGUGCCGCUGCUAAAACUGGAGACAUUAAUGCACUGGAAGCAAUCAGAGAUAUGGGGGGGAACCUGAGCAGUGAGGACUAUGAUGGCAGAACGCCAUUACACGUUGCCAGCUGUGAAGGUCACUACAGUGUGGUCCAGUAUCUGCUUAAUAAUGGAGCCACUGUAUACGCAAAGGACAGAUAUGGGGACACCCCUCUGAUGAAUGCUGUAAAAUUUAGGCAGCUAGAAGUGAUAAAACUUCUGCGGCAGACAGGGGCUCAUCUUUCCUGGGAGGAGUUGGAGCACAGUGGCACAGAACUCUGCAGCUUGUCUGCCAUUGGGGAUGUGGACGGACUGACUGCCUGGGAGCUGGCUGGAGUUGACAUGGAUCAAGCUGGUUAUGAUGGACAAACACCUUACCAAGUGGCAGAGGCUGUGGGGAAUGAAGAAGUCAUGGAAUUUUUUAACCAGAAGCGAGCACAGGUUUUUCUCAAUGGCAGCUCGGUUGACAAAGACAGCUAUUUAAGCAGUUAAAUAAACCCAGCAAGCAUGAAGAUUUGAGGACACCGGACUAUUGUUUUCAAGCACAAAAUGGCACAAGAUGUGACAACCUAAUGUCACACCAUAUCUGUUAUUGUUGAGCUGUAUCUAUUGGGACCAGAGUUCUCCUGAGGAACUUCCCUCAAACGAUGUAAGCCUCGUUUAUCUAUGCAUCUGGAAAAAAUGGCUAAUGUUGCAAAUAAUAAGGUUCAAACAUGGACUUUUUUUUCAGAAACUUUGAUAAAACAAGGCCUUGUGAUUUGUGUGUUUUGUGAUUUGUUAUUUUGUUGCUGUAAGAGAUAAAAACAGACUUGAAAUGUUAAACAAGCACAAAAUUCAAAGCCCAGCUCCAACUUUCUUCUUUUAGCUGUUUUAAUAAGAGUUAAUAACCUCUUCUUAUUACUGUCAGUGACAUCACUGGGGAGAUUUUUUUCAGACUUGUGUGCUGGUGACACCAGGACUAGAAAUUGGGGAAAUGGUUGUCACCAGGACAGGAAGGCAGAGCAAUAAAUACCUGAUAAAAGCUAUAGCUCUUCCCCCAUUUCUAAAACAGUUUGGCUGAAGUUGGGCUUUACUUACCUGUAAGAAUUUCAGUUUCAGAAGCAGAGAAUGCUCCUGUAUAAUUAUUUAAUGUUUAUCAUCUUACUGUUAGCACAUACUUGACUAUUUGAAUGUGUGUAUUUUUCCCCCUCACAUAUUUAACAUGUAAGUGAGCUGUUUGUUAAUGUAAGUCAUCUACUCUAUGGGUGUGCCAGAAUGUUUUGCACAUUUGAGGUAUUUUAUGUUCACAAAUGUACAUUUUAUUUGUCUCAGGUUAGGGAGGGGGGAAUUGCUGCUGAGAGAGGACUAUAAUGGCUGAUAUUGUCUGCAGCAUAGCACAGUGCAUUAAAACAGUAUUACAAAGACUGUCAAUAUCAUCCUUUUUAUUGAGGUUUGUGACAUGGCUGUAAUUUAAAUUUGUAUUGUUCUUAGCAAUAAAAUAUUUUGUCAAACAAGUU